AUGCUAACAACUCUUGCGUUCUACCCAUCCUUGGGUUACAACCUGCUUCGAAACUACCUACAACCAAAUAUAUGGAUGUGGUACAGUAGAAUAGAUCAGGCUUUAGUUGUUGGUGCACUGCCUUUCAAAUCAAUGCAGGAAGAACUAAUUACGAAGGAAAAUAUCGGUGGUGUUGUUUGUUGUGUUGAAGAUUUUGAACUGAAAUACGGGCAUAAUGUUAUCCAGAAAGAGGAUUGGGUAGCGGCUGGUGUUGCUUUUCACCAUAUCCCAAUGGUUGAUUUUUUUGGGUCUGCUGGCAGAGCCCAGAUUGAUACGGCGGUGAAAUUUAUAGAAAAUAUUUCCUCAACGGGAAAAUCUGUAUAUGUUCAUUGUAAAGCGGGACGCACACGUAGUGCAACUAUUGCAGUAUGUUAUUUAAUGAAAUCUCGAAACUGGCUACCUAAUGUGGCUGUGGAGUACGUAAAGUCAAAAAGGCCUCAGACGGUCCUGAGAAAUACCCAAUGGCGAACGGCAAACGAGUAUCGGCGAUACCUCGACAAGCAAAUGUUGGCAGCUCAAGGUUCUAAAAUUACGACGUCGAUAUGA